GUCGCCGCCCGCGGACCGCCGGCCUCGCUGCGGGCCUGCGCCUCCCGCGGCUCCCCGGGCCGGGCGUGGAAGUAUAGCAGCGAUGGCAGAUGUGCCCAGAAACAGUGAAAAGAAAAAAAGAUGCCAGGAGUUGGCAGAAAUCGACACACUCAGCAGGUUAUUGCUGAUCACCUAUAGCAGCACCCCAGAUCCUGACCAGUGAUGGACCCUGUUACUUAGAGGGGUGAAACCUUCACUCGCGUUACUAUACUGCUGCGGAGCAGCGAUUAGCAACCUUUUUCAUCUCAUGGGUAGAAGAUGUCUAUGGAUGUGACGUUUCUGGGGACAGGCGCAGCAUACCCAUCCCCAACCCGGGGUGCCUCUGCUCUGGUUCUUCGGUGUGAGGGCGAGUGCUGGCUCUUUGACUGUGGGGAGGGAACCCAGACGCAGCUCAUGAAAAGCCAGCUUAAAGCAGGGAGAAUUACCAAGAUCUUCAUCACACAUCUUCAUGGAGACCAUUUCUUUGGCCUUCCUGGCCUCCUCUGCACCAUCAGCCUGCAGAGUGGCUCCACGGUCACCAAGCAGCCCAUUGAAAUCUAUGGCCCCGCAGGCCUUCGGGACUUCAUCUGGCGAACCAUGGAACUCUCUCACACGGAGCUGGUCUUCCCGUACGUGGUCCAUGAGCUGGUGCCUACAGCAGAUCAGUGUCCUGCAGAAGAACUGAAAGAAUUUGCACACGUGGGUAGAGCAGACAGCUCUCCCACAGAGGGACAAGGAAGGACUAUCCUGUUAGACUCGGAAGAAAACUCAUACCUUCUGGUCGAUGACGAACAGUUUGUUGUAAAAGCAUUUCGCCUCUUUCACCGAAUCCCCUCCUUUGGGUUUGCCGUGGUGGAGAAGAAGCGCCCCGGGAAACUCAAUGCACAGAAACUGAAAGACCUCGGUGUUCCGCCAGGUCCUGCCUAUGGGAAGCUGAAAAACGGAAUUUCUGUUGUUCUGGAAAAUGGAGUUACAAUUUCUCCCCAAGAUGUCUUAAAAAAGCCUAUUGUUGGAAGAAAAAUCUGCAUUUUGGGUGACUGCUCCGGGGUUGUGGGCGACGGAGGCGUGAAGCUGUGCUUUGAAGCAGACCUGUUGAUCCAUGAAGCGACCCUGGAUGACGCCCAGAUGGACAAAGCAAAGGAGCACGGCCACAGCACGCCACAGAUGGCAGCAGCGUUUGCCAAGCUGUGCCACGCAAAGAGGCUUGUUCUGACUCACUUCAGUCAGAGGUACAAACCAGUCGCCUUGGCCAGAGAAGGAGAAACAGAUGGGAUUGUAGAACUAAAAAAGCAGGCUGAAUCAGUGUUGGAUUUCCAAGAAGUGACUCUAGCAGAAGAUUUUAUGGUGAUUGGCAUUCCAAUCAAGAAGUGAAGCCAGCGUUCCUGAAUACAUACCGACAUGUCCGUGAAUAUGUUACUUGGUUUGGUGUCAAAGUUUGUUGUUGUUGUUUUGGUCUAAAAUUAUUUGGGUCCCAAUAAUCCUAAAAAUGAUGGAGUGUCAUUGCUGAACUGAUUCAGCAGUGAGAGGGAGCAAGUGUUUUUCUAAUAAAUCACUUUAAAAAUAAAACAAAAGCUAGCAUCCUUUUUAAAG